CGAACUUUGGCAGAUCAAAAAUUAAACCACGAUGAUUGGCUAAUGCCUUCACGGUAUCAUCUCAUCUGGCCACAGCAGCACGAAACACGCCAAAGUGACUGCCUUUCAUUUGACUCAACAGAGAGCAACACCCCCGACUUCAAAGUCGCUCACACCUUCUACAUUCAAGCAAAAUGGUUACAGUUGGAAUCGUUGGCGUCGGUCUUGUCGGCUCAGAACUUCUCGCACAGCUUCAAGCUACCAGCUCAAAGCUCAUCAAGAUUGUUGCUUUGACAAACUCAAAGCGCAUGGUGGUGUCUGACAGCUACACCGAAAUCUCGCUCGCAGACUGGAAGAAUAAGCUCGCAGGCUCCACUACUGAAGCCAAUAUCAGCCACCUUGUUCAGUAUUUGUCCAAGUCGCCUGAGCAUUCCAUCAUCAUUGAUUGCACUUCCUCUGAUCAUAUUGCUUCCCAAUAUCCUUCAUGGCUCUCUGCCGGCCUUUCCAUUGUUACUCCCAACAAGAAGGGUUUCUCUGGAUCUCUUAGUCUCUAUGAGCAAAUCACUUCUCUCUCUAACAACCUGCCCGGAAGCACUCCCGGCAAGGGAAAGCCUUUGGUGUACCAUGAGUCCACCGUCGGAGCCGGUUUGCCUAUUUUGAACACCUUGACUGAUCUCGUCAAGACUGGUGACAAGGUCCAAAAGGUUGAGGGAAUCUUCUCUGGAACCCUUAGCUACAUCUUUAACAAUUUUUCCACCUUGAGCGCCAAUGCUGAGAAGAAGAACUUCUCUGACAUUGUCAAGGUUGCCAAGGAAUUGGGAUAUACCGAACCUGAUCCAAGAGAUGAUCUCAACGGCAUGGACGUUGCUCGUAAGGUUACUAUUUGCGGUCGUCUCGCCGGACUUGAUCUCGAUUUGUCCACUCUUGCUGUCGAGAACAUUGUUCCUCAGGAGCUUCAAGGCGUUGCUUCAGCUGAUGAGUUCAUGUCUAAGCUUCCGCAGUUUGAUGACCAUUUCCAGAAGUUGAAUGACGCUGCUGUCCAAAAUGGUGAAGUCUUGCGAUAUGUUGGCGUUGUUGAUGUUCAAGGAAGCGGUAGCGGUGUUAAGUUGGUCAGAUAUCCCGGCUCCCACCCCUUCGCUUCUCUCCAGGGCAGCGAUAACAUCAUCAAGUUCACCACUGAACGAUUCCCUAACGGCAUUAUCAUUCAAGGAGCUGGUGCCGGAGCUGCCGUUACUGCUUUCGGUAUUUACUCUGACAUCCUUAAGAUCCAGGAACGCGUUCAAGGAUUUUAGAAUGUGUAUCAUAGAAUUGAAGGAAGACUUAAGAGGUUGAUGACGUUAUACUAUAGCAAGCUGUUAAAAUAAAAAUGGAUUAAACAUGAUAAGCGCUUUUCAA